AUGGAAGAAGCUGUACGCACACUUGGAUUAAUUAGCCAGGGCGCUAAUAACACGCGAGUGGACUGCGCGGGCGGCGGCGGCGGCGGCGGCGCGGGGCCGCUGGAAGAGGCGGCGGCGCGGCGUGGAGAGCGAAGGCGAUCGCGAAAAGAGGAAAAAGUUGCUGUGUUUAAUGUAAUUCAUAAGAAUGUAAAUUAUUUUCGCAAAAUAAAAAAAGUUUAA